AUGAACCAGAAGAUGCUAAAGUUGGAGAACCUGCUGCGAUUUCACACUGUUUGUAGGCAGCUGUAUGGCCUGGGCCAAAGAAGAACGUUAGUGCAGUGGAGACAUGUGUUUUCAUCUGGUUGCCCAGCGUGGGCAGCUCCACUGUAUGCCUGGCCCUGGAAAACAGAUGUACUCAUUGGGGCUGCUUUAUCUCAGUAUAGGCUUCUAGUAACACAGAAGGAAAGAAGACCACAGAGAUCUCACUUAUCUUUGACAAAAUCUAAAAAGGAAGUAGAAGUAUGGAUUGGAAUGACUGUUGAGGAGCUGGCCAGAGCAAUGGAAAAAGACAUAGAUUGUAUAUAUGAAGCUUUAUUGAACACUGCUAUUGACAGUGAUUCACUAGAAGCAAACUCAUAUUUAGAUGAAGUCUGUAUCAAAGAAGUGAUAAAGAAGGCAGGGAUGAAGUUAAAAUGGAGCAAAUUAAAACAGGACAAAGUUAGAGAAAAUAAAGAUGCAGUAAGAAGGCUCCAGGCAGAUCCAGCUUUAUUAACCCCACGGUCUCCAGUUGUUACUAUAAUGGGCCAUGUUGAUCAUGGGAAAACCACGUUACUUGACAAACUACGAAAAACUCAAGUGGCAGCAAUGGAAGCUGGAGGCAUCACUCAGCACAUUGGUGCCUUUCUUGUCUCUCUGCCUUCUGGGGAACAGAUCACCUUUCUUGAUACUCCAGGACAUGCUGCCUUCUCAGCAAUGAGAGCCAGAGGUGCUCAAGUCACUGACAUUGUCAUAUUGGUUGUAGCAGCAGAUGAUGGUGUAAUGAAACAAACUAUAGAAUCUAUUCAGCAUGCCAAAGAUGCUCAAGUUCCUAUUGUACUUGCCAUAAACAAAUGUGACAAAGCUGAGGCUGAUCCUGAAAAAGUGAAAAAAGAGCUGAUGGCUUACGAUGUGGUGUGUGAGGAUUAUGGAGGAGAUGUACAAGCAGUGCAUGUCUCUGCACUUACGGGCAAUAAUCUAAUGGCUUUGGCAGAAGCAACAAUUGCUUUAGCAGAGAUAUUAGAACUGAAAGCAGACCCCACUGGCCCAGUGGAAGGAACAGUAAUAGAGUCUUUCACAGACAAAGGAAGAGGUCCGGUUACUACAGCUAUAAUUCAAAGAGGAACUUUGAGAAAAGGCUCAGUUCUGGUUGCUGGAAAAUGUUGGGCAAAAGUACGCUCAAUGUUUGAUGAAAAUGGCAAAACAAUCAACGAGGCCUGUCCCAGUUUGCCGGUGGGAAUUAUAGGCUGGAGGGACCUUCCUUCAGCUGGUGAUGAAAUUCUUGAAGUGGAAUCUGAGGCAAGAGCACGAGAAGUUCUUGACUGGAGGAAGUAUAAACAAGAACAGGAGAAAAAUAAAGAUGAUAUGAAAAUAAUAGAAGAAAAGCGGAAGGAACACCAAGAAUCACAUUGGAAAGACCGUGAAAAAUAUGGCACUUUGAAUUGGAAGGAGAGAUCAUUUUUAAAGUACCAAGAAAAAAAAGAACAAAAAUUCUUAAAGCCAAAGGAGAAAGCAGAAAGAGAUUCAAAUGUACUUCCUAUAAUUAUUAAAGGUGAUGUUGAUGGUUCUGUUGAGGCCAUUUUGGACAUUAUAGAUACUUAUGAUGCUUCACAUGAGUGUAAACUAGAAUUAGUACAUUUUGGAGUGGGUGAUAUUAGUGAAAAUGAUGUUACCCUUGCUGAAACAUUUGGUGGUAUUAUAUAUGGCUUCAAUGUGAAUGCAGGCAAUAUUAUCCAGCAGUCAGCUACAAAAAAGCAAGUAAAGAUUAAACUUCACAAAAUCAUUUACCGUCUUAUUGAAGAUUUGCAGGAAGAACUGAGCAGCAGACUGCCCUGCAUUGUGGAAGAGCACUCAGUAGGUGAGGCUUCUGUACUUGCUACCUUCUUUGUGACAGAAGGGAAGAAAAAAGUUCCUGUGGCUGGUUGCAGAGUCCAAAAGGGACAGUUGGAAAAAAAAAAGAAAUUUAAAUUAAUCCGUAAUGGACAUGUUAUUUGGAAGGGUUCAUUAACCUCACUGAAACACCAUAAAGAUGAUGUUUCAGUUAUCAAAAAUGGAAUGGAUUGUGGUCUCGGUUUGGAUGAAGAAAACAUAGAAUUUAAAGUGGGUGAUGAGAUGAUUUGUUAUGAAGAAAAAGAAGUUCUAGCCAAGACUUCUUGGGAUCCAGGAUUUUAA